GUUUUCCCGGAAGUCAGGGUAAAAUAUAAAUAUUUUCACCCCUCGUCGUUUUUACUCCUCCCUGCAAGUCGUUUGUAUAGAAAAUCCUCCCGUGAGCCGACCCUUUUAAUUGUAAAAAUGGCAAGUGCCAAGUGCGUCGCAAAAGGGUGUGCUGCGCCCGGACCCGUGCCAGCCGGCUCCAUCAGACUAUACAGCAUGAGGUUCUGCCCUUUUGCUCAGAGGACCCUACUGGUGCUGAAUGGAAAAGGGAUCAAGUACGAUAUUGUCAACAUCAACCUGAGAGACAAACCCGAUUGGUUCCUGGAGAAAAAUCCUUUGGGCCAAGUGCCCACACUGGAGACGUCGGCGGGGGAGGGCAUUUACGAGUCUCCCAUCACCUGCGAGUACCUGGACGAGAUGUAUCCUGAGAAGAAGCUGCUUCCCGACAAACCAUUUGGAAAAGCCGAGCACAAGAUGUUGCUGGAGAAAUUUUCCAAGUUAACACCAUUAACCUACAAGAUUCCAAUGGGCAGACUGAAAGGCGAGGAUGUCUCCGGACUUCAUACGGAACUGACGCAGAAGUUCCGAGAAUUAAACGAGCACCUGGCAAAGAAGAAGA